AUGAUCCAGUUCUCUUCAUCUGCCCCGAGAGAUGUUGACUUCGCUGCGCAACACCUCUCAUAUCUUCUUCACUCGCAAGGAGUUAGCCACGCAUAUAUUGGGUCCUAUGCGACUGAUCUUGUUGGAGGAAAUUGUGCCGUACCAGAUCUGGACCUUCUUGUGUCCCGGGACCCGGCCAAAGUACGGAAGCAACUUCUGGAAGAUGAUCAAUUUUGGUUAAACAGUCAAAAUGAGCUUUUAUACCGCGGACUGGAUAGCGACAUUGGAAUCGAUCUCUUUCGAGGUGGUGGGGAUGAUGAUGUACGGCUUCCAGAUGUAAGAUUGGUUCCACGGUCAUCGGUCGAUCCAAGUAAUGAUCGCAAAAAGGUACAGAGCGACUGCCCAUUUCUACACCCAUCUGUGCUCUUAUUAACGAAGAUCACUCCCUGGUAUUGCGUCGAUGAGCCGAUCCAUUCGCCAAGAAUGCAAAGAGCCAUGAAGGACUUUGAACAUAUAAAGUUCAUCCUGAAAUGGCUUGCUGACCGCCGCGUCUUGAUUGACUUCAAUGCCUUUCCGCAAAAGCCUAAGGAGGAGCAUUUGACCAUCCUUCGUGCACUGAACGAAGCGUCCAAGGAUGUAGAACCUUUGCUCCGUGCAGCACUGACUCCUGAGGAUUACAGUAGCAUCAUUCGUCGUGCAAGGACUUAG